AUGGACGGGAAAAAGAUUAGUUUUGGUUUUUCUAAAGUGAAUAAAAAACAGCCCCUACAAUCCGGUCCAGCGGCAAGCGUGCCGCUGAAAACCAAGGACGAUUCGAUACAACUGAUAGAAUGUUUGGAAGGGCAAUCAAUAAAAGUUGUUGGGAAAACUGAUGAACCGCCACCUCCGUUGGUUAUACCGCUUCGCGAGCAGGAUAAAACCACGGUUCCUGAUCGAUUGGCAAAGCUGUUAGGCAUUAGGCAGGAAAAGCAAGGGCGCCUGCAAGCAGCCGAAUCGAAGGAACCAUCCACCGAAAGUAACACAAAUGGUGGCAGUGUAGGCCGAGAAACAAGUGAAGUGAAGAUUAAACAAGAACCAAGCGAUGGCAGCUCGGCCACGGUUACAGAAACCUUAGAACAAAGGGCGGCACGCGAAAUUCUGGAUGACAUAAACCAGGCAAACGUGAAGAAGGAAGAGCAGAACAAUUUUGUUGUGCCACUUCUUCCCGAGGAGCUGCCUCUGGAUGGUGCACGGGAAAGUACAAUGGAUGACUACGAAUCGGUUCCCAUAGAAAAGUUUGGUCUUGCAAUGCUGCGUGGUAUGGGCUACAAGGAUGAUCCGAAAAAAGACACCGCUAAAGUGGAAGGUCCAGAUUUUGGACCGGUGAUGCGCCCGAAGGGUCUCGGGUGA